GGACCGGAUAGUUGGUAGUUAGGGGAUAAUUAAAUAUUAAUGACAAAAAACCUUCCCCUACGGCAUCGUUGUUAUAACUAAUCACUUGUUACCGGAUCUUGGUUUCUCACCUAGCACCGAUUUUUUUAUCUCUUCCAGAAAAGAGUCUAAAACUGAAUCAGGUCGGAAUCCGAAAAUGGCCGUCACCGCGAAAAUUGCGCCGUCGAUGCUGUCAUCAGAUUUCGCCAAUUUGGCAUCUGAGGCUGAACGCAUGCUCAAUUGUGGGGCUGACUGGCUCCACAUGGACAUCAUGGAUGGGCACUUUGUCCCUAAUCUAACUAUUGGCGCUCCAGUCAUCGAAAGCUUGAGAAAGCACACAAAGGCAUAUCUUGAUUGCCACCUUAUGGUAACAAAUCCUCUUGAUUAUGUUGAACCUAUGGGUAAAGCUGGUGCUUCAGGUUUCACAUUCCACGUUGAGGUAUCCAAAGAUAACUGGCAAGAGCUUGUCCAAAGAAUCAAGUCAAAGGGCAUGAGACCUGGUGUGGCAUUAAAGCCUGGGACACCCAUUGAAGAAGUUUAUCCGCUGGUUGAAGGUGAAAAUCCUGUGGAAAUGGUUCUUGUGAUGACUGUAAAACCUGGAUUCGGUGGACAAAAAUUCAUGCCAGAGAUGAUGGAUAAGGUACGCACACUGAGAAAGAAGUACCCCUCACUCGAUAUAGAGGUGGAUGGCGGUUUGGGACCUUCUACCAUUGAAAUGGCAGCCUCAGCAGGUGCGAACUGCAUCGUUGCAGGAAGCUCAGUGUUUGGAGCAGCUGAACCAGCCAAUGUUAUAUCCCUGAUGAGAAAGAGUGUCAAUGAUAACCAGAAAAGCAGUUGAGGGUUUUGCAGGCAAGACACAUUCAGGACUGGUGAGUGGAUUUUAUUGAUGUAUGUUUACAAUGUGUACAUCACCAAAUUGAUAUGAUAUGUCAGGAUUUUGAAAUUCAAUAAAGAUGAUAUGGUUUGUUUGCAUCCAGAAAAGAGGAAUUUGCCAGGGUCAACAGUUACAUCAUCUCUCAUGAACUGCAUGUGUAUCAGUUUAAAUGUAACAGUAUAAGAUGUCUACUUUUGUCUAACAGCACCAACUCAUAUAUAGAUUAUUUAUGUUUAAAUUCAGAAAUAA